GUUGAAACUGGAUGUAGACCCAAUGUUCAAACAAAAAAUCAGGUAGGAUUUCUGAGGCCGUAGCUUUCUUUGAUUAUAUGGUUGAAACUGGAUGUAGACCCAAUGUUGUCACCUUCAACACACUGAUGAACAGUCUUUGUCGUGAGGGUCGAGUUCUUGAAGCGCUAGCUCUUGUUGAUCGGAUGGUAGAAGAAGGUCAUCAACCUAACGCGGUUACUUACGGAACAAUUGUAAAUGGAUUGUGUAAGAUUGGUUGUCUCGGCUUUGAAUCUGCUUAGGAAGAUGGGGCAAAGCCACAUCAAAGCCGAUGUUGUAAUCUCUACUGCCAUCGUUGAUCGCCUUUGCAAGGACGGGAACCACAUCAAUGCUCAAAACCUUUUCACUGAAAUGCAUGAGAAAGGUAUUUUUCCCAAUGUUCUCACUUACAAUUGUAUGAUAGACUCUUUUUGUCACUCUGGUAGAUGGAGUGAUGCCGACCAAUUGUUGCGUCAUAUGAUUGAAAAGCAAAUCAAUCCUGAUAUUGUUACUUUCAGUGCAUUGAUCAAUGCAUUUGUCAAAGAAAGAAAGGUCUCCGAGGCUGAAGAAAUAUACAAGGAGAUGCUUCGUUGGAGUAUAUUUCCUACCACAAUCACAUAUAACUCAAUGAUCGAUGGAUUUUGCAAGCAGGAUCGUGUAGAUGAUGCAAAGCGCAUGUUAGAUUCGAUGGCUAGCAAGGGCUGCUCUCCGGAUGUAGUCACUUUUAGCACCCUAAUCAAUGGCUAUUGUAAGGCUAAAAGGGUUGACAAUGGAAUGGAGAUUUUCUGUGAGAUGCAUCGAAGAGGAAUAGUUGCUAAUACAGUUACUUACACUACUUUGAUUCAUGGGUUUUGUCAAGUGGGUGAUCUCGAUGCCGCUCAAGACCUUCUCAAUGAGAUGAUUUCUUGUGGUGUGGCUCCAGAUUACAUCACUUUCCACUGUAUGCUGGCCGGCUUAUGCAGUAAGAAAGAAUUACGAAAAGCAUUUGCAAUAUUGGAGGAUCUGCAGAAGAGUGAGGAUCAUCAUUUGGAGGAUGAAUGAAAUAAUGGAAGAUUCAAUGCCAUUUUGCUUCUUGCUUGAUCGAUUUCGAUUCUGAUGUUUCCACUUGUUAAUUUUUUUUUAUUUGUCGUGCUUAUUUAUUUCACUGUUGAAAUGAGAUAUGUUAUGUGAUGGUCAAUUUUAACUUGUUCU